AGAAAAAAGACAUUCAAAUGUGUUAAUACAAGCCUGUAGACAUACUUUCUCCACCAGCUGCUAACAAGGGCUCCCAGUUUAGCCAGAGCAGCAGCUGUUCAUGGGGGCUUGUAAGAGCCGAGCCCCUGACAAGUGGGCUUUCAGGCACUAACUUCCCCCCAGAACAUUUCUGUUUGUGUUCCUUUGAAAUUCCCAAGCCAGCCUUUCCCCUGCUACAGAUAUCUUCACAAGCUCUCGCUUGCAACUGGAUUAUAUAAGCAGCCCCAAAACCAAGCAAUGCCCAGGAAAAAAUAAUGGGAAAACCCAACUUUUAAGCCAGCAUGCGCAAUAGCAAAUGGAAAAUACAGCAUCUUAGCUGACAGCUGCUCGUGCCCUUAGGGACAGUGACAGGCUAGCCCGACUUCAUUUCUAAGGAGACUGCAGCAAGCCGACUAGGACUCAAAAGAGCUGUUAACAAAGCCCUUAUCCACUUCAGGAAUCGACCAUGAGGGACUCAGCAGGCUUCCUCCUUUGCUCACUGCUGCUGGUGGCCCCCCAAUGCACAGAGGUGGCCACCCAGGAGCCCCAGCCUGACCCUAAAACGCCGUGCGCCAACUGGAUGGGAGGAGCACCCGGCUACCCCGGCCACAAUGGGCUCCCUGGCAGGGACGGGAAAGAUGGAAAAGAUGGACUAAAGGGAGAGAAAGGAGAGCAAGGUUUGCAAGGCUCCAAAGGCGACCAAGGUGAAACGGGAACCCCAGGGCCAGAGGGGCCAAGAGGAUUUCCAGGAUACCCAGGGCUGAAGGGAGACAAGGGUGAAGGGGCUUAUGUUUACCGCUCCGCAUUCAGCGUGGGGCUGACGGAGCAAGCCCCCCACCCCAACGUCCCGAUCCGCUUCAGCAAGAUCUUCUACAAUGAGCAGAACCACUACGACACCAGCACCGGCAAGUUCCUCUGCAGCAUCCCCGGCACGUACUACUUCGCCUACCACCUGACGGUGUACAUGUCGGACGUCAAGGUCAGCCUCUACAAGAAGGACAAGGCUGUCAUCUUCACCUAUGACCAGUUCCAGACCAACAACGUCGACCAAGCGAGCGGCUCCGUCUUGCUGCACCUCAACUCAGGGGAUGAGGUCUGGCUCCAGGUCUACGGGGAGGGGAAAAACAACGGUGUCUAUGCUGACAACAUCAAUGAUUCCACUUUCAUGGGCUUCCUCCUGUACCCAGACUUGGAUGUCCACUAGAGCAGGGUGUGCUACACGGGGGAGGACAAGGUGGCUUAACUCCAGACAGAGUUCUGGGGCACUGGCGCUAUCGCUAUACUAUAUUCACCAGAAAAUUGCCUUUUGUGGGGGCAACGAUUGCCAAGGGUGGACCCUAUCUCCUGUAAGAUCAGUGAGGUUGUACACAAAUUACUUGUGUGGGGCCAAGAGUUCACUCCUACCUCUGCUCUUGCUCUCCUUGUGGAGACUUGGGCCCAAAGUCAGCCAUCACGUUGUGAAACAGUAACUCUAAAUAUCAGUUGGCCUCUUUUAAAUAUAAAGCUGACCAAAAAAAUGGUUAUUUUUAAAUAUCACAUUCUACAUUUCCCUUUUUUAACCACUUGGGUUCAUUUAAAACAAAGGUACAUAUUUUAGCCAGCAUUUUAAAAUUUGAAAGCCAUCUUAGAUCUUGCUUGUAGCUGGAACCGAUGGCUGCAGUUUUGCCAUUACAUCUCCCAAUCUUAUUAGGGCCUUUGACGUCCACCCAUGGUUUGUCGUCUCCCUUUUUUAGCCCAGAUCUUCGAAUAUAUUCAGAUUACUGACUUUCAUUAAUUUUAAUCCUUCGAUUUUCCUUUUAUGUUUAUCCCUUAUCAUUAUAUCUAAUUUAGAUGAUGUGCUCAUUUAGGUCAGGGAUCUUCUCUUUCCAUUUAUCUGAAAAGACUUAGGGGCACCCGUCAGGCUACGCAGCAGAAGCAGCCCACUGCCUGUAUGGCUUUGGGGGUCCUGAGGUAGGCACAGAUGAGCAGAAGGUCCUCGCAGCUCCUGAGGUGGAGGUGGCCCUUCCCCAGUCCACUGACCUGGCUCUGGAAGUGAUGGCACGAGUACUCAUUCAGCCCAGAGGCUGUCAGCACGUAAGGUGCCCUGGUUUCCACCUGCAAACUGGCAGGAUCCUGUCCCGUCUCCCCUCCGCAUAGUUCCCAAGCUCAGCCACAAGCUGAGAGCCAGCACAGCCGUUUUGCUGGUUCUCCACACCAUCAGAGUGCCACGGGCACCGGCUCGCACACCACCCAGGCAGAGUUCAGGUGGUGCAGCCUCCCACACCGAGGGAGGCUCCUGGCACGAACACCCCGAGACCGGCCCCAGCUCUCAGCAACAUCAGCUCGAUGGAGGGAAGAGCAUUAGGGCUGGGAUUAGCGACACUCCUGUCAAGCUGCUCGCCGAGGAACUUGCUUGACUUUCAGUGAAGAGCAUUUGAUAGCUUCUCAGAUACGUUAAAGAAGACUCCCAUUGAGCUUGAGAACACACAGCAGAGCUAACGCGUUACUACAAGCACAGGACAGCACUAAAAGCUUCAGCUGAAAACAUUUCCAGCAGCUGCAUUUUUUACACUACAGUCAGCUACCACACUACAAAUAACAACAAUAAAACACUGUCUCAAUAAAGGAUGCUCUUGCA